AUGGCUGCGGAGCUCACAUCCAUCAAGCUCAACCCGGAGAGCCAUCUACUCCUGGAUCAAUCUCUCCUCCGCCUUCCCCACGAGCUCGCCCGCCGCAACUUCAAAUCCGUACAACGCAUCGUCGAGCGGGAACGAGACCACAUCAUUCCAUACCUUAAAGAGACCGCCAACGCCUCCCUCUCAGGAGCCCAAGAUGCCAACCAAACCCUUGCUGCCCUCGACACCAUGAUAAGUCGUAUGCAGGGGUUAAAGCGCAAAAUGGAAACGCUGCAGGACGAAGAAAAGAAGAUCUUGACUCAGUCGCGCAAGCGUAUUCAGCAUCUGGAGGACCUGUAUAAGAUCCCUAGUCUGGCAGAUGUGAAGUAUGAGGAGUGGUCGAUGAUAAGGUUGAAUCGGUUGCUGGUGGAUCAUAUGCUGCGCUCUGGAUAUGCGGAGAGCGCGAGACAGCUGGCUGAGGAGAAGGGGAUUGAGGACCUGGUGGAUUUAGGGGUGUUUGUGCAGUGUCAGCGGAUUGCGGAGAGUUUGGGGAGAGGGGAGCCGAAGGAGGCGUUGACGUGGUGUGGGGAGAACAAGGUGGGUUUGAAGAAGGUUCAGAGUAAUCUUGAAUUUGAGCUCCGAUUACAACAGUACAUUGAGAUGGUGAGGGCAGGCGAUAAAAUUGAAGCGAGACAGCAUGCUAGGAGGUUCCUGUCCCCUCAUAGUGAGACCCAGGCGACAGAGAUUCGGCGUGCAGCCGGUCUCUUGGUCUUCUCCCCUGAUACAGAGGCUGCACCAUACAAGGACCUCUAUUCCUCUUCCCGCUGGAAACACCUUUCCAAUCUUUUUAUCCGAACCCACCACGACCUCCUCGCCCUCUCCUCCCGUCCCCUCCUCCAGAUAGCGUUAUCAGCUGGCCUGUCCGCACUAAAGACGCCAUCCUGCCACUCCGCUUACGCAUCCUCCAGCUCCAAUCCAAACUCCAUUACCACCUCCGUGUGUCCUAUAUGCUCGACGGAACUCAACGAGCUGGCACGCCACAUGCCAUAUGCGCAUCAUACUAAAAGUUGUGUUGAAAAUGAUCCGAUAGUGUUACCCAAUGGGCGCAUAUAUGGACGCCAAAGGUUACAGGAGAUGUGUAAGAAAUCGGGCUUUGUACCUCCUGGUAAAGUGAAAGAUCCCACGACCGGGCAGGAGUUUGACGAGCGUGAGAUGAAGAAGGUUUAUAUUUCUUAA